ACCGAGAGGACCUGCCGUGUGCCAUGAAAUGUUCUCCUCUCCUCUGUGUCUGUUACCUGCUGAUCCUCAUCAUCCCCGUCACAUUCUAUGGAGUCGUAUUGACCCAGAGCUCAGACUCUCCUUGUAGACUUACUAUUCCAACGCCAAUGUUUGAGUAUGAAUAUUACCGGGAGGGAGACGUCAUUAUCGGAGGAUUAUUCUCUGCUCACAUAGAAAGCCAACAUAACAAAUUUUCUUUUACAAAGAAUGCUUUUACUGAUUCACCAGGCUGUUCCAUCUGUGGACGAGUGGACCUUGAAGAGUAUAAAAGCGUCUUGGUGAUGAUGUUUGCUGUCAAUAAGAUUAACAAGGAUCCCGAUCUUCUGCCCAAUGUUACCCUGGGCUACCAUAUAUUUGAUACUUGUAAUGAUCCAAGGAAUACUUUAGGAUAUGUCACAAAGAUAUUGUCUGGAGAAAAGGAAACUCUUAACUAUUACUGUCCGGGACGUGGAGAAGUGGCCGGUUUUAUUGUUGACAGUACUUUCCAAUCAAAUCAUGCAAUGGCUCAGUUACUUAGUCUGUAUAAAUACACACAGGUCAAUUAUCAAGUCACUGACCCUCAACUGAGUGAUGGAAAAAUGUAUCCAACUUUAUUCCGUGUGACACCAGACGAACGGGUCCGUUUUGCAGCUAUUAUUAAAUUAUUGCAGCAUUUUGGGUGGAACUGGGUUGGAAUAAUAACAUCGUGGGACGGCAGCGGUGAUGAGGAGGCCCAAGAACUGAGAAAGAUGAUGAGAGAACACGGGAUCUGCACAGAUUAUAUAAUUUCACGCCAAUCAAAUUCGGUAACUGAUAGUCAGACAAUUAUUAAAUCAACAGCUAGGAUUGUCAUAGCGUGCGGAACUUCCGCAAUAAACUUUUUGUAUUUUGCUCUUCGGUUAUUCUCUUAUAUAAGAGAUAUAACAUUAAUUUUCCCACCAUCAUGGAUUACAAUACCUAAUAAUUCUCAGGGGAUGUAUGUGUUAAUUAACUGCAGCUUCAUAUUUGUGUGGCCAGAAGAAAAAAAGCUAAGCAUGGAUGUUUAUACCGAGGGUGUCGACUUCUCCAGCUCCAUAAAUGACCCCAUACUGGAAGAUGUUGGGGCUCGUUGGUUUCACUGUAGUUCCCCAGACUAUCUAAAAAAUUACUAUUUUCAAGCGUUGUAUAAUAUUAUUGUAAAACCUUGUACAGGUGUAAAAAAUGUUUCAUCCUUAUUGUCUUCUUAUACAACUCUGCACUCCUAUGUGUACAAGGCUGUAUAUAUUGUGGCCCACGCUCUACAUGGAAUGUACAUGGAGAUAAAUAAAGCUGAACAACGUGGAUUCCAGCAAAGACUGAACAAAUAUAUGAGAAAUCUUCAUUAUACCGACCCAACCGGAGGCGAGAUCCACUUUAAUGAGAGAAGAGAAGUUCCAGCUGAUCUUAUUUUACAAAGCUGGUAUUAUUUUAACGAGACCUAUUAUUCAUAUAGAAAACUUUCCACUAUGCAAAGCCCAGAUUAUGUGCCGGGACCAUUUCCCAAUAUGAGCGAUCCAUCCUUCUGGAGAGAAGGCAACGUUCUGGUAUCUCGAUGCUCAGAUCCCUGUAUACCCGGCAGCAGAAAAAAGUUUGGAUCUUCAAUUCACAAAUGCUGCUAUGAGUGCGUCCCGUGUUCAGAAGGAGAGAUCUCCAACGUUUCCGACAGUGAAAACUGCAUGAAAUGUCCUGAUGAUGAAUGGCCAAAUGAGAAGAAGGAUCGGUGUGUUCCAAGAGUGGUGGAAUUUCUCUCCUACACUGAUGAUCCAAUUGUUGGAGUGUUCUCAGCUGUCUCCAUCCUCUCUUGUCUUCUGACUGGUUUAAUAUUAUGGAUAUUUAUACAUUACCAGGACACCCCCAUUGUUAAAGCCAAUAACCGGGACCUGAGCUAUCUUCUCCUGGUCUCCAUCAUGCUGAGCUUCCUCUGUGUCUUCUUGUUCCUCGGCCAUCCAGUAGAUGUGACCUGCAUGCUGCGUGUCACCUCUUUUGGUGUCAUCUUCUCAGUUGCCGUCUCUUCUCUACUUGCCAAAAGUAUCAUGGUGUGUAUUGCUUUUAAAGCCACCAAACCUGGGAGUUCCUGGAGGAAAUGGAUGGGAGUCAAACUGUCCAAUUUUAUCAUUUGUGUCUUCUCAUUGGUCCAAGUCAUAAUCUGUGUCACUUGGUUGUCUAUUUCUCCCCCCUUCCAGGAUCGGGACACUCACUCUUAUCAGGGGAAGAUCAUCAUUCAGUGUAAUGAGGGUUCAGUUAUCGGCUUUUACUCUGUCCUGGGAUAUAUGGGGCUUCUGGCAGCUGUGAGUUUCAUUAUCGCUUUUUUAGCCAGGACAUUACCGGACAGUUUUAAUGAUGCCAAGUACAUCACCUUCAGCAUGCUGGUGUUCUGCAGCGUCUGGAUUGCCAUGAUCCCGGCCUAUCUGAGCACCAGAGGGAAAAACAUGGUGGCUGUGGAGGUUUUUGCUAUAAUGGCCUCAAGUUCUGGACUUCUUGGCUGUAUAUUUUUCCCAAAAUGUUACAUAAUUCUGUUCAGACCUGACCUGAAUACAAAAACAGUUCUCCGCUAAUAUGUAUGGAACAACACUGGGCUACCAGCAGUUAUAGCAUUAUCUCUAUUAUUGGUAAUGUUAGCAUGUUGUUAGUGUACUGAGAAUGAACACUGUUAAAUUUAAAUGUUUAAUAAUUACCUCUCGGGUGGACGGUGAGUCUAAUUUCUGUUCUAGACACCGCUGGUAUCAGACACUUUGAGUUUCUUGGAAAUCUUGUCCCCCACAGAGUGUAAUGGUUCCCCCCCACCAGCCGUUCCGUCAAUACAGAAUAAUGUAGUGACUUAGUGAGGAGGAACCACAGUGACCAGAGGAGGGCAAAGUAUCCAAAUCAUCCUAAUGUGUCAGAUACCAGAGACACCCAUCACUCUUCAAGAGAGAGAAGAUUUUACUCACCACCUUCCCGGAAGAUAAUCAUUGAACAUUCUUUUUUUAUAAGCUGAUUGUAAAUGUAAUUUUUGUUAGUGUCUGGGUCAUAUUAUUAUAUUGUAUGUAGAUGUAUCUGGCCAUAUUAAUAAAUACAUGUUGUUGGUAUUUUCUAAAAUAAUUUGUAAUACUAGUUAAAGUUGAUGGAAGCAUGUUCUCAGUAAAUUCACUGGUAUAAUAGCAUAGAAGA